AUGACUGUGAACGAUAACUUGCUUUCCAAACCUAUAAGGCGUGCUAAUUUUCGAUUAUGCAAUGUUUCAGGUUACAUUUCUGAAGUAUUGGAGAUUCGGGCUGAGGCUCCUAAACUGCAUGUUCUGCUUGUUCCUGGAAACCCAGGUGUUGUUUUAUUCUACAAGGACUUUGUGGAAUUUCUAUAUGAGCUGCUGGAGGCAACUGCGUCUGUGACUGCUAUCGGCCAUGUUUCUCACUCAAGAAAGGACUUGGAACAUGGACGCAUGUUUUCUUUACAGGAACAAAUUGAUCACAAGACUGACUUCAUCAGACAGGAGUUGCAAAGUAUUGAGAUUCCUAUAUUACUGGUUGGGCACUCUAUUGGUUCAUACAUAUCUAUUGAAAUGUUCAAGAAGUCUCCAGAGAAGGUGAAAUAUUGUAUUGGACUUUAUCCAUUUUUGACGUUAAACCAGCAAUCAACAAAACAGUUGUUUAUUGGAAAAAUUGCAAACUCCCAAGUUCUAGCUGCUGCUCUUAGUUACCUGAUAGCAUCAUUAGGAUGGCUACCUGUCCAAGCUUUAAGGUUCGUGGUCAGAAAAUCCCUUGGGAAGUCAUGGUCGGUCAAUGCAGUUGAAGCUGCUUGCUCCCACUUGUCACAGUACCAUACCAUGCGGAAUGUUCUGUAUAUGGCCAUGACAGAAUUCAGAAAGCUUUCAGAGGCACCAGAUUGGACAUUUAUGAGAGAAAGGAAGGCUCAAUUGACGUUUUUAUUUGGUAUCGACGAUCACUGGGGCCCACUUGAUUUGCUUGAAGAGAUUUCAAAGCAGGUUCCCGGUGUUGCCGUAUCUAUUGAACGAGAAAACCACACCCAUGGUUUCUGUUGCACAGAGGCCGGUUCAUUAUGGGUUGCUCAGCAUGUGGCAAACUGUAUCAAGAAGCAGACAGCUUGUACAAACCAAUGAGGUCUGACUCUCUUGCUGUUCGCUUGUGUUGUGUGAGUUUUCUAUGUUAGUCUCAGAAAGGACUGAACCACAAAUAAAUUUGAAACGAUGCUUAUAGUUCAUGCUAUAAAAAGUGUAGUUUCUUUCAUUCAUCAAUGCUUAUAGUGCAUUCAACAGUUUUAACAUC